CCUGGGAGGUGCUGGCAUGCGGGGGGGUCCCGGCACAGGAGGUGACACAUUGAUUUGGGUGUCCCAAGGGCUGCAGCUGCUGGGGGGUUCCUGUCCCGGAGUCUGGGGUAUCCCGCAGCCCUGAGCUGGGUGCCGCAGGAUUUGGGAUGCCCCGUGAUUGGGGAUAUCCCGGAGUUUGGGGUGUGGUGGAGCUGGGUGUAAUCCCGGAGUUGGGAGUGAAACGGGACUUGGGGCAUUCGAGGGUUUGCGGUGUCCCGGGAUUUGGGGUGUCCCAGGUAUUGGUGUGUCCCGGGAUUUGGGGCAGAGGAUUUUGGGGUGUCCUGGGAUUGGGGGUGCUACAAGAUUUGGGGUGUCUGGGACUGGGGGUGUCCCGGGAUUGGGGGUGUCCUGGGUUUUGCGGUGCUCCAGGUUUUGGGGUGCCCCCUCACGCUGCCACCCCAGGGGACACCCACCGCGGUGCCUACACCGCCUUCAUGAAAUCCCAUCGCUGCUACGACCUGAUCCCCACCAGCUCCAAACUGGUCGUCUUCGACACAUCCCUGCAGGUGAAGAAGGCAUUCUUCGCGCUGGUCACCAACGGUGUCCGAGCAGCCCCGCUCUGGGACAGCAAAAAGCAAAGUUUUGUAGGAAUGCUGACCAUCACCGACUUCAUCAACAUCCUGCACCGCUACUACAAAUCACCCAUGGUGCAGAUUUAUGAGCUGGAGGAACAUAAAAUAGAGACCUGGAGAGAGGUUUAUCUUCAAGACUCCUUCAAGCCACUGGUCUGCAUUUCCCCCAAUGCCAGCCUGUUCGACGCUGUCUGCUCCCUGAUCCGGAACAAGAUCCAUCGCUUGCCCGUCAUCGACCCCGACUCGGGGAACACACUCUACAUCCUCACCCACAAACGCAUCCUCAAGUUCCUCAAGCUCUUUAUUGCAGAGGUCCCCAAGCCUGAGUUCAUGGCACAGACGUUGGAGGAGCUGCAGAUUGGCACCUACAGCAACAUCGCCGUGGUUGGCACCAGCACCCCCAUCUACGUGGCCCUGGGCAUCUUCGUGCAGCACCGCGUCUCCGCGCUGCCCGUGGUCGAUGACUCGGGGCGGGUGGUGGACAUCUACUCCAAAUUCGACGUUAUUAACCUGGCAGCUGAGAAGACCUACAACAACCUGGAUGUGACGGUGACGCGGGCGCUGCAGCACCGCUCCCACUACUUCGAGGGCGUCCUCAAGUGUUACAAGCACGAGACGCUGGAAACCAUCAUCAACCGCCUGGUCGAGGCUGAGGUCCACAGGCUGGUGGUGGUGGAUGAGAGCGAUGUGGUUAAAGGGAUCGUCUCCCUCUCGGACAUCCUGCAAGCCCUGGUGCUCCCACAGGGCCCCUGAGGCAGUGGAGGGGGGGGGAUCAGUCCUCCCAAGCCCCCCACUCUCUUCUCCUGCAACACUGUGCCCCCCCGGGCUGGUGGGGACACCCGGGGUAUGCCCCCACUCACCAGCAGCAUCCAGCAAUAACCCCCAGCCCUGGGGCAGCCCCUGCUGCCCUUCCCUGGGUGGGGGGAGCCCACAGCCCCCCCAUGCCGUGCCCUGCACCCCAAAAAUGUGUGGGGUGAUGGGGGCAGCCUUUGACCCCCCCCUGGGAUACCAGGCCAGGGUCACCCAUAUCCAUGCCAGGGCUGUUCCUGUGUGGAUUCUCAUCCCUGUCACCCUGCACCCUCUCCCUGGGUGAGGGACUCAGCACCACCCGGCCCGGGGACCCCCCCACGCCCCCGGGGGUUCCCCCUCCACGUUCCCCCGGCUGUGCCCACACCCGCCACCGCUUCGUGUGUGAAGAGAAGCCACGAAUAAACACAGACCUGGCACCA